AUGUGUCGCGUCGUUGAUGCCAUGGCGAGGAUAUGGACACCACAUUCGUGUACCUCUGUGCAACAGCGGCACGCAGCGCCGCACGCCUUAACCACUGAUAACAUACACAUACGGCGUCUUUCUUCACUCCGUCCCCAUCAACAGCAUCACUUAUGGAGGUUGUGCCAGCUGGUGACAGGGGUUACGGAAUCUCUCAGUGGCAAGGGGACGUUUGUCGCAUGUUCUGUUGUUGGGGGUCGAAGCCAAACCCGUUGUUCACCCUCACUGGGGUUGAAUUCAGGAAAUGAACUUUGUGCUACAGGUGUGAAUUACGCCCUUCAUCGCUCGUUUAACGCUGGAAAGACACUGAAGGGGAUUCUUAGAGGAUGUGCCGAGCAAAAUGCGCUCGGGGUGGCAGCCGCGAGCGGGCAUUGCUACACCUCCAUCAACGACGUGUACUUGUGUGCUGUGACUUGUUCCACACCUUCGGAAGGAGACGUGUCUGCUGCAUGCGGCCACGUCUGCAGCGGUGAAGUGCACAAGGGCAGUGGUGAAGUCAGUGAUGCUGAUGCAUCUUGCAGUGGGGUAGCGUUCCCAUGCGCAGAGUGCUGGCGCAAUUUAUCGUCUGUGGCUGUAAUGCGACGAGAAGAAGGUGUUGUAGGACCCUUAAACUUGUUUGUCUAUGCACAAAGUGAGGCAUCUGCGCUUCGCAGCGCUUCCAUAGCACAAAAGAAUUUGACAGCGCGGCCGGCACCUCCCAUCGACGUUACCGUCGUUAUAUCUGGUUGA